ACAUUUCUCACCUUUAAAAAAGAUUUAUUUUAGACAUAUAUCCCAUUUUAUGUUUCUUAUUCCAUUGUAAUAAGCUACAUAUUUGAAUAGAAAAUGUAUUUAAUUAUUUCACACUGUCUUUAGAGCAAAGUAUUGGCGGUUAUCUAACUCACUAUCUGUGUAUAUAUAAUUGUGUUGAUUUUAGAUACUGUCCAUCACUCCAGGAAUAUAAACUAUUGUGGCAAGAUGCGUAUUUUGACAACCUUCGCGGCGCUACUGCUAGUGGGCUUGGCAUGUUCCAACCCUGUCACCAAGUCUGAUGUCAUGAUUAUUACUGAUGAUUUCUUUCCCGACUCCUUAGUUCAGUACACAGCACAAAACAAUAUAAUCAGACUUUUUACUCCACUUAACGAAUUAAACUUUAGCGAGGAUGAUGACGAUGACGAAGCGAAUGUUUACAUAUUCUUUGUGGAAGGCGAUAAAAACAAUGAAGGAGAUACAGUAUACAAAGGACUUUCUAUUUUAAAGAACGGAAAAGCGACAAAACUUCUCGAAAACGGAAAAGACAUGGCUGCUCCUAAUGGAGACAACAAAGAUGUAUACUUAGCUGCAUCAGACGGCAUUUACUUGUACAACGACAAAACGAAUGGAGCAGAGAAAUACGGCACAGUCAAUGAAGAUAUCGUCGGUAUUGAAGUUGAGAAUAGCACAGGCGUUAUAUAUAUUCUCACUAAUAAUAACAAAGUGUACAAAGUCACAGAAGAAGGUACAGUCAAAGAGCAAUUGAGUGAAAUUCAAAAUGCCAAACAAAUAACUGUGGACUAUGCGGGAAAUCUGUUUUACGUCGAUACAGAAGACCAAGUCUACGUUUACACUGAGGACGGAGUAAAAAAGAUCGAAGGCAUUCCUAGCCAUCCUUCUUAUGUGCAGUUGGUGAGACCACCUUUCGUUUUAGAUGAAGGUGUUCCUUUAAUUAUUGGAAAGAAAGCUUUCACUAUACUCCCAAAUGGCACUGCGGAUUAUUCAGAAGUAAAUUUUAACGUCUAUCCCACAGCUUACUCUAUGGAAGCUACUCUCAUACAAUAUUACGCUUACAACAAGAAAAUUUACGAAUUCAAUAUUUUGGCUCUCAUUUUGGGUGAACUGCUUGAAGAUUUAAAAAGUUUCCUUGGUGAAAAAGUUGAUGAUAUCCAAAGUCUAGCUACUAGGUCAAGAAAGGAAUUCCGUUAGUAUUUAAACAUGUGUCUAUAAAUUUAAUAUAAUUAAGAGUUUGUGCCGU